UGCCGCGCGUGCGCAGACCGCGUGACUCGCGCGCUCGACGGUAUUCCCGGAAGUGUGUCGCUCUCUGGCAUCGCCGCCGCUCCCUCAUCGCGCCAUUGAGAAGUCAGGGAAGCUUUCUCUAACCUAUUGACUCGCAGUACCCGCAGGUCCACGCUGUCAAUCAUGGCCGAGCAGGAGCCCACACCAGAGCAGCUAGCCGCUAUCGCAGCCGAGAACGAAGACAGCGAGGCCGUCAACUACAAGGCGCCGGCCCAGAAGAGCCUUCAAGAAAUCCAGGAACUGGACAAAGAUGACGAAAGCCUCCGCAAGUACAAGGAGGCACUGCUGGGCAGCUGCAAUGUUGUUGCAGCCGAUCCCAGCGUUCCCAACGUUCAGGUGACACGGCUAACUCUUAUGUGCGAGACGGCUCCCGCCCCGCUGACCCUUGACCUGCAAGGUGAUCUGGAGUCCUUCAAGAAGCAGUCGUUUGUGCUGAAGGAGGGAGUGGAGUACAGGAUAAAGAUCAGCUUUAAGGUAAACAAAGAGAUCGUCUCGGGGUUGAAGUUCGUACAGCAGACCUUCAGGAAAGGGGUGAAGAUUGACAAGUCUGACUACAUGGUGGGCAGUUAUGGGCCUCGACCGGACGAAUACGAGUUCCUGACGCCCUUAGAGGAGGCACCCAAAGGCAUGCUGGCCCGUGGCACUUACAACAUUAAAUCCAAGUUCACCGACGACGACAAGCACGACCACCUGUCCUGGGAAUGGAACCUCAACAUCAAGAAGGACUGGAAAGAUUGAGCCGUUUCCAAACCCCCAUUUUCCUCCUUGCCAUCCUCCUAUUUCUUCCCUCCCUCCCUUUUCUUCCUUUCCAACCUCCUCAAGUUGCCUCCAUCAACCAUCAUUUUCAUCAUCGACAUCCUAAUACUGGAUUAACCGCUUAACCGAUUUAAAGGAAUAGGAUCUUUCUCACUCCGUCCACUUUCCGCCAGUUUUCUUCCAUCCCUCCCUCCUUCCAUUAUUCCUAUCCCUUUCCCUCCCAAUGAGUAUUGAGGCUUUUCAUGAAAUAUAUAUGUGAAAACAAACAAAAACGUGCACAAUCCAUAUUUUGUGUUUUGGUUUGUUUGUAUAUAAAAGUAAAAACAGAGGAAAAAAAAAAUAUUCAAAAAACCUCAUGGAUGCUUUUGACAUGGUUGUUAUGAGUAAUCUUCACUGCCCCCCGUCUUCCUCUCGUGUCCUAAACCCUUCCCCCGUUUAUCCCGCGUCGUUCCUUUCUCUGACAUUCCUUGUGUUCUUUUUAACCAUGAUCUGCCUUUAUGAGUGAAAUGGGAGAACUCAAAAGUUUGCCUUUGCCCAGAGAGAACCUGUCUGAUGCCUUUGAGAUGAGCCUAGGGUUAGCGUAGCAUGGGUAACGGUAGAAAUGUUAGUAUUAAUAUGGCGGAGGAUGUCUUUAUUAGGCUCUUGGUAUGAAUAUGUUUCCGAAUAUGGUUUUAGCUAUGUAGGGUUCGCAGGAUCUGAACGUCCUGUCCACUAGGGGAGCCGUACUAAGAAUCAGCCUUGCCCUGCUGUGACGGCAUAGGGUUUUUGUUUAACCGUUUCAUCGCCGUGUGGCCUUAAAAAACGAUUCCUGUAGCAAGACAUUGAGUAGCUGCCUUUGAGUCUAGGUUUAAAUCCGAUCAGAUGUUUUGUCCUUAAGAGGCUAAGGUGCUUUACCAACCCUCAAGGGGACUGGUGGUCGCACCUGCUGCCUUGUUCAAUUGGCUCGAUUCGAGACGGACCAAACUUGCAGGCCGGUAGAAGUUGGCGAGCCUUGAUGCGGAGCGAACAUUUUCCCCACUCCGGUUACCACCUCCCGCUUUCCAAAGACAACUGGUGCUUCAUUUGCAGAAUGUGCCCUUUUAGCUUGCGAUUUAACGCAGGUUGCCGGUUUGUAAAACGCAGAAAAGGGCUGUUUUCACUAACAGAUCUCAAGUCUUGAACAACUGAAAAAUAACCAACACCAUAGACUGUGCCUCCGGUAUUGACAACCAAGAGCUGCUCCCGGCGUGUUAACCUAACGGAAAGAAAGUCAGGACUCUAAAGGAGGUGCAUUUGUAGUGGGACAAAUCUGGGGUGAACCUAAAUCUAAACUCUCAGCUCUAGUCCAGGUGUAAUCUAACCUCAAUGUUCAAACAAGAGAGGAUGUGCUCAUGCAUAAUUGUACUGUUUUAUACACGCUUGGUUUUUUUUUUUUUUGUCGUUUUCUUCUUCCUUUGCCGACAUUGCCUGCAAAGUAGUAGCUUGUUGUGCUGGUCCAGAAUGCUGCUUCUGUCUUCAUCUGUUUGUACUUAUCUCUAUAGCUGGAGAUUACUGUUCACCUGUGUCAACAUUAAAGUGUUCAGAACAGA